CUGAACGCUUCAGCCAAUAAGCUGGAGAGCCUGCCCUCCUCCAGCCUAUCAGAGGAGAGCCGGAGCACGCUGCAGGAGCUGUACCUGACCAAUAACCGGCUGAGCGACAAGUGCGUGCCUCUGCUGACGGGACACGGACACCUGCGUGUUCUACACCUGGCCUACAACCAGCUGCAGAGCUUCCCCGCCAGCAAAAUGGCCAAGCUGGAGGAGCUGGAGGAGGUGGACCUGAGCGGGAACUGGCUGAAGAGCAUCCCCACCACGAUUCUCGGCUGCAAGAGAAUGCACACGGUCAUCGCCCACUCCAACUGCAUCGAGGUCUUUCCCGAGGUCAUGCAGCUCAUGGAGAUGAAGUGUGUGGACCUGAGCUGCAACGAGCUGAGCGAGAUCACCCUGCCCGAGAACCUGCCCCCGAAGCUGCAGGAGCUGGACCUAACAGGCAACCCCCGCUUGGCGCUGGACCACAAGACGCUGGAGCAGCUGAACAACAUAAGAUCCUUCCGGAUUGACCAGUCGCCGUCGUCCUUCUCGGCCACCGAGGCCUCAGGAGCUCCCGCAGUGUGGAGUCAUGGCUACACGGAAGCUUCCGGAGUCAAAAACAAGCUCUGCGUGGCCGCCCUGUCGGUGAACAGCUUCGGCGAGAACCGCGAGGCGCUCUACGGGGUCUUCGACGGCGACCGCAACGUGGAGGUGCCAUACCUGCUGCAGUGCACCAUGAAUGACGUGCUAGCGGAGGAGCUGCACCGGGGCAAGACCCAGGAGGACUAUAUGAGGAGCACCUUCCUGGUGACACAGAGGAAGCUGGGCACUGCGGGCCAGAAGCUGGGCGGCUCGGCCGCUCUCUGCCACAUCCGGCACGACCCCCUGGACCCAGGGGGCUGCUUCACCCUGACGGCCGCCAACGUGGGCAAGUGCCAGGCCGUGCUGUGCCGCGACGGCAAGCCCCUCCUCCUUUCGGCGCUGCACAACGUGGGCGUGGCCGAGGAGUACCAGCGGGUGCGGCAGAACAAGGCCAUCGUCACCGAGGAUAACAAAGUCAACGGCGUGACGGAUUCCACGAGGAUUAUGGGAUACUCCUUCCUGUACCCGUCGGUGAUCCCGCGACCUCACGUGCAGACGGUGACGCUGACACCGCGCGACGAGUUCGUCAUCCUGGGCAGCCGGGGCCUGUGGGAGAGCGUGUCACCGGCCGAAGCCGUGGAGGCCGUCCGCAACGUGCCCGACGCGCUCGCCGCCGCCAAGAAACUCUGCACGCUUGCGCAGGCCUACGGCUGCAGCGACAGCCUGAGCGCCGUAGUGGUGCAGCUCAGCGUGGCUGAGGACUGCUGCUGCUGUUGCUGCCGCGAGCUGCCCGCCCCCCCCAGCCCCAGCCUCUUCCCGGCACCGGCCCGCGACUCCCUGCCCGCCCCCCCGACGCCGUCACCCUGCAGCGAGGCUAGCAGCGAGGUGUCCGCGUCGGAGAUGAGCAGCGAGGUGGGAUCCACGGCUUCGGACGAAUUGCAACAGGGCGCGCUGUCGCAUGACGGCCACACGGGGGCGCCAUUCACACAAGAGCUGCGCGGCGGUGGCGGUUGCACCCUGCACCCCGUCUGCCCAGCCGACUCCUUCCAGCGGCAACUCUCUAGCGCCACCUUCUCCAGCGCCCUCUCCGACAACGGCCUGGACAGCGAGGAUGAGGAGCCCAUCGCCGGUGUCUUCUCCAACGGCAGCCGCGUGGAGGUGGAAGCCGACGUGCACUGCCUCCGCCGCCGAGAGCGCCCCCAGGCCGCGCAGGUGCCGCCCCCCACGCCCACCCCCGAGUCCCAGGACAAGGGUGAGGCUGAGGAAGGAUGUGUGGCCGAACCCCUGAAGAGGGCGGGGCAGGCGAGCAAGAGGCGGGGAAACGGCUCGGUGGCCCCCCAGGAGCGAAGCCACAACCUGAUCGAGGUGGUGGCCGAUGCCCCAGCCAGGAAACCUGGGGGCUACUUCGCUGCCCCGGCACAACCAGACCCUGAUGACCAGUUCAUCAUUCCACCAGAGCUGGAGGAGGAGGUCAAGGAGAUCAUGAAGCAGCACCAGCAGGAACAGCAGCAGCAGCAGCAGCAACAACAGCAGCAGCAGCAGAAGCCCCACCCCUCAGAGCAGCCAAAUGAGCCCUGUGACACGCCCCUCUGAGAGGACACACCCCCUGAGAGAGGACACACCCCUCUGAGAGGACACGCCCCCUUAGAGAGGACACACCCCUCUCCCCUCCAAUGAAUGAUUCCACCAUUCAAAGCUGUCUGUAGACACUUGUGACUAGCUGCUCUGAGAAACCUCUAAACUCUAGUCGUCCCCCCCCCCAGAAAUACAGCCUGCAGCCCGGAGGGUGAAGCGGGACACGGGAUGCGUGUGGAACUAACUCCUGAAGAUAACCUUAACCCGAUCCGCAGGACUCCCAUCUGACCAACACUAGCUCUCAUGCUUUAUCGCUUCACAGAUAUCGGCGCAUGGUGGACAGGGACCUAGUUUUACAUAUCGAUUUUAUACGACAGAAAUGACGCUGAAAAGCACUUUAAGAAAACCUUUUAUGUUAAACGAAGAUGUGAGUGGAUGGUACAUAUCGGUGAUACCAUGCUUAACUGUUGUAGAUAGGGCACUUAAUAAUACUGUAUUUCUUCAGUCAACCAUGGCUUUCUGCCUGUGAAAAGUCAUAGAAAUUUGUAGAAAUUCAAAGACUAACUCCUAGGAGUUGCUUACUCUUUAAUGUGACUUAGUCACUGUACUAAUCUUCUCUGAGAGAAAACGUG